CCACUAGAAAUUUUUGAGCUCCAAUUUACUGCUAUCAAAUUGGAUUUAAAGGAAGUAAUUGACUACCUCAACAGGAUGGUAGUCAUUUGUCAUUUCAAGGCCCAAAUGACUUUAGAAGGUCAUUUAACAUAUGGAAUCUUUGCUAGGAAAAUGACCCUCCGAAG